CUUCCCUUUAUCUCGUCCCACUGUUCCAUGUACAAAAUACAAAUCAUGGGCGGAUCCGAAAAAGAUAAAUGAAAAACGCGGCGGCCCGCGGAUACUGCCACUGCGACUGCCCCUCUUCAACGUGUCCAAUUCACCGCAAAGCUGCUCAUUCUAUUGCCAUUAAUAUUACACGAAGCAAAGCUGCUCUCUCUCUCUCCAACGUAACUCACCGCUUACUUUGUUUAUCAAAAUGGAAGGGAAAAAACUUGUUAGACUCCUUAAGCUUCCCCUCCUCUCCCUAUUCCUGUUGCUAAUCUUGGCGCCGCCAUCUUCAACCGCCGCCGUUGGGAGGAAGGUAGGCGGAAGGAAGGAGGUGAAGGACGUGAAGAGCAAUCAAGAGAUUCAAGAAUUGGGGAAAUACUGUGUCCGAGAGUACAACAAGAACCUCCACGGCGAAGCCGAAUUGCUCAGCUUCUCGGAGGUGGUGGAGGCGGAGACGCAAGUGGUGUCCGGGAUAAAGUACUACCUCAAGAUCUCCGCCGCUGGCGCCGCUAAUGGUGUCCGGCGGUACUAUGAUGCGGUUGUAGUUGUCAAGCCGUGGGCGGCGAAGUCGAAGGAGGUUCUCAAAUUUGCACCUUCAUCUCCCCUACCCGACAUAACCAGGCUCGAGCCUUCUUCCCAAAAGAGUUCGGAAUCCGCUCCUAAAUCCGACCCAAUUAUAAUAAAUAUUGAUAUGUUAGUAUGAGGGAGCGUUAUGAUGAGAUCUUAUCUUGUUGUACAAAAUGGAUGGUUGGGUCUUACUAUAAUGUUGUUAGCAAUAAGAGUAGCAUCUCUAUAGACAUAUGAGCUGAUCCAUGAAUCCUUCUAUUGUGUAGAAGGAUUGUUUUUCUCCAAUUUUCAAUCAUGGAAUAAUAAGGGGAGAUGUGCAACC